UAAAAAAUGAAACAACUAGUUAAAGUAUUCUGGGCAGGCCGCAUGAGUUAUGGUGGCGGUCUUCGAUUGCAGCAGUGUCUAAUAGAUCGACACCACAAUAAAGAUCUGUGCGAUACUCCCAACAGCCUCGUGCUCUUGGAACACAAUCCAGUCUAUACCGUAGGUAUUAGGAAUAAAGGGUAUACCGAAAAGGACGAGGCUCGCCUGCGAUCACUCAAUGCAGACUUUUACCGUACAAAUCGCGGUGGUCUUAUAACUUUCCACGGCCCUGGUCAGCUGGUAGCAUACCCGGUGAUAAAUCUUAAAAAAUUCGAAUCCAACGUGCGCUGCUACGUGUCACAGAUUGAGAAAAUGAUAAUUAGGCUUUGCGCGGAGUUCGGAUUACGUGGAAAGACGUCACCCGACACGGGAGUCUGGAUCGAAGAUAGAAAGAUCUGCGCUAUUGGUAUUCAUGCGAGUAGAUAUAUAACGAGUCACGGGUUGGCUCUAAACUGUAAUACGGAUCUUAGCUGGUUUGAGCACAUCGUUCCUUGUGGCAUUGAAGACAAAGGAGUGACGAGUCUCAGCAAGGAACUGUCUGUCGAUGUCCGGACAGAGGAUGUGAUCCCGGUGCUUAAAAGGGCCUUUGCUGAUGAAUUUCAGUGUGAAAUGGUAGAUAUGAGUGGAGAGGAGAUUGGUAAAAUCAUAAACAAUUGUAAAAAUGCUGCCAAGAAUAGUGCCACUGUUAGUGCGACUAGUAGCUUGUAAGACUGUUGAAAAACAAACAUCAUUAUAGAUAUUUGUUUGACUAUCACGACAAUCGUGUUAUUUUAAAAAAAUUUUUUCGAAUCAUACUAGAGAAAUUUUAAUUUUUACUCCAUUAGGCCGCGGGCAAAUGGAGAGCGUAACUCCAUGUGCCCGCGGCCUAAGUCGUAAUUUAUUGACGAUAUUUUUCAAAGAAAACAAACAUUAGAACAAAUAUAUAUUGCGUCUGCAGAUUUUUAACACACAUUGUAAAAAUAUUUAUAUAUCUACAAAUAAUGAAUAAAUUUAUAAGUUACAAAAAUGUUUUAAAA